AUGGGGACUUCAUUUAUGGUAGCAGCUUUGGCGGUGGCGCCUCUCUUACCGCUACUCGGACUGCUGAUCAUCAAGGUCUCACUCAGGAGCCUUGGGCAGGCUUUGCAGAUCAGCGGGCAGGGUCGACGAACUGCCAUCGUAUCUCGAGUUCAGAGAGACCGAGAUGCCGUUCGCGAAAGCCAGGGUGCCGAACACGUGAGCGAAGACGGCUGGGAGACGGUCGAAAAGGCCGGCAGUGCAGAAAAUGGUGGUAAAGCCACGCAGGACGAUUGGGACGGGGUCGUUGGCUUCUUUCAUCCAUUCUGCAAUGCUGGGGGAGGUGGUGAGAGAGUCCUAUGGGCUGCCAUAGCAGCGACCCAGACACGGUGGCCGAAUGCAGUUUGCGCCGUUUACACAGGCGACCAUGACAUCGACCGGAGUGUUGUUGUCCGAACAGUCAAAAGUCGAUUCGGCAUCACCCUGCAAGAACACUCUCUGGUCUUUCUGUACUUGUCUAGUCGACGCUACGUUCUUGCGAGCACCUGGCCGCAUUUUACUUUGCUAGGACAGUCUCUGGGAUCUCUCAUACUCGCUUACGAUGCGUUCCAGCUUCUUGUUCCCGAUAUAUUCAUAGACACAAUGGGAUAUGCGUUUGCCGUGGCGAUGUGCAAACUCUUGUUUCCACAGGUGCCGACCGCCGCUUACGUGCAUUAUCCGACCAUUUCCACCGACAUGUUGGACAGUCUCAACGACACAACCGGUCAACGUGGCAUCCACUCCGGCGCCGGCGCCGGGUGGAAAGGGAGAGGUAAACGACUAUACUGGCAUGCUUUUGCGUGGCUUUAUGGCUGGGUUGGCGGGCAUAUCGACGUGGUCAUGUGCAAUUCCACGUGGACACAAGGCCACAUCAAAAAGCUCUGGGGUACGAAGAGCAAAUCAACCUCGUUCGCCCCUAUUGUAUAUCCUCCUUGUCCUGUCGAAGAGCUAGAAAAAAAGAUCGAGGUCACGCCGGAAAGCGAGAGACGAAGAGAGGAUAUCGUCCUCUACAUUGCACAGUUCCGACCGGAGAAAAAUCAUUCUCUGAUCCUGCGAGCAUUCGCCAAGUUCUACCAUCAGGCCCCCCCCGAGGGCAAGCCGAAGCUUAUCUUGAUUGGGUCGGUUCGAAGCAACACUCCCGAUGAGAAGCACAUCUACAAUUUACGACUAGAGGCGAGAGAACUGAAGAUCACAGACGCAACCGUCUUCAUUUGUGAUGCCCCUUUUUCGGUGAUACUCGAAUACCUCCAAAAAUCGAGCAUCUCCACCAAUGGCAUGUAUUCGGAGCAUUUCGGUAUUGGCAAUGUUGAGGGACUUGCUGCUGGUCUGAUACCCGUGGUCCACAACAGCGGUGGUCCCAAGCUCGACAUUGUCGUGCCGUACCAAGGCAAAGAAAUUGGAUAUCACGCUGAGACAGACGAAGAGUUUGCGGCGGCUUUUGCCCUAGUGGCCGCACUUGAUCCUCAAGAGCGCUUCGCCAUGCGACAACGAGGUCGAGCAAGUACAUCACGCUUCACCGAGGAAGUUUUCGCCAGAAAGUGGAUUGAGGAGAUGGAGAUAUUGAUAAAGAUGACUUCGGCAAAGACAAAGACCUAG